AUGGCUCGACUUGUUCGAAUGUGCGCGAUUAAAUUGAUUGCUGGCCGAAGUCGAGACCUUGGCUUGAAUAGAUCGGCAUUCUUUUCUAAGCUUCGGCCCGACGGCAUAGAAUCUCAAGUAGCAAUAUGUAAGGUUAUGGAGUUCUACAGUCAAGUUCUUCGUGCGGUCUGUAUGGGAAUUUUGGGUAGCGUUGGUAGAGAUGAUAUAGGGAAAGCCAUGAGUAGUUUGAGGUACCAUACAAUAAAAUUCCUUGACCCAACACCUCGCUACCAUAUCAGAUAA